AUGUAUGAUCCAUUUGCUUCUGAUGUCUCCACGAAACAAGGUCGCGGUACAUUGCCUGAUUGGUUAGAAUACGGAUACCUUACAAGAAACUACACACGAUCAAUCAGCCGCACCGUGAAAUACGCAUACAACGAUCUUCCAUUGAGUCAAGUUGCCCAAGGGUUAAGGUUGACUAACGAUUACAAUAAAUACUUGAACCGUUCAGCCAAUUGGCAAAAUAUAUGGAAUUCAAAAGCUAAGGCCAAAGGGUAUACUUAUAAGAACUUCAUUCAGCCACGUAACUAUGAUUUAAAAUUCAACUUUACAAACUAUGAUUUCAUGUCAUGUGGUGGUUGUUAUUGGGGUAGCAAUGUGUAUAAAAACAAGCCUGUAGAGUAUGGAUUUUUGCCUGUUUUCGAUAUUGCUAAACUAAUUCAACUAAUGGGCGGUGAAACCCACAUUCAUUCAGCGAAUAAUAAUUUAUAUGCAUUUUACGGGAAAGAAAUUGUUAAUGUUGGAAACGAGCCAAGUAUCAUUGUACCAUUUUUGCUUAAUUGCAUUAACCAGCAAUGGAGAAGUGUUGAGUUGGUGAGGUACAUAAUGAGAAACAAUUUUCACUCUGGCGUAAAAGGUUUACCAGGAAACCCCUAUGGCGGCGCUUUACAAGCUUGGGUGAUUUUCAACAUGAUUGGAAUAAGUGGCAGUAAAUGGCACCACAACAUACCUCAUUACAUCGCCGUUUUUUCAAAGUUUGAAGCUAAAAUUGGAAAACGGUGCGAUUUUCCAAAUUGUGAUAAAGAACUUAUCCUUUGGAGAAUAUUUAUGUUCAGUCAAUAA